GAUCAGCUCGAUCGAUCGUUGUGAUUAUUUCAAACACAUUAAAUUUUUGAUUGCUCAAGCCAAGAGCGCUAACGCGGAGGAGGAGACUGGUGGUCAUGGCGGAUCAGAGCGGCACCUCAAACCUGCUGAGGUUUUUCGUCAAUGGCAAGAAGGUUGAACGUGAUGAUGUGGACCCAGAGCUGACCCUUCUUCAGUUCCUCAGAACCAAGCUGCGACUAUGCGGCACAAAGCUUGGCUGCGGGGAAGGUGGCUGCGGUGCAUGUACAGUGAUGAUCUCACAAUACUCGCACGAGGAGCAAAAAGUCAGGCAUCAUGCAAUCAACGCUUGUCUUGUGCCGAUCUGUGCUGUUGAUGGCUGUGCUGUGGUCACAGUGGAGGGUAUAGGUAGUACCAAGACCAGACUACAUGCUGUACAGGAGCGCAUCUCCAAGUGCCACGGCUCCCAGUGUGGCUUCUGCACUCCCGGUAUUGUUAUGUCAAUGUACACACUACUGCGUAACAAUCCACAGCCGAGCCAGGCGGAAAUGGAGAGUGCCUUUGAAGGUAACCUAUGUCGCUGUACUGGGUAUCGACCGAUCUUAGAAGGCUUCAAGAGCCUGACAAAGGAGUUCUGUUGCAGUGGACCUGGUCCUGGUGGACAGUGCUGUAUGACAAUGAAAGACAAAGAUGGAGUUGAGGUGUCCAGUACGUUGUAUGAUGUCAGCAAGUUCACACCGUAUGACCCGAGCCAAGAGCCGAUAUUCCCACCAGAGCUCAUGACUGCUGAUUGGAGCAAGGAGCGUCCGUUUCUGGUCGUGAAAGGUGAACGUGUAACCUGGUAUCGUCCUACCUCACUGAAAGAACUUCUGGCACUGAAACACGGAUUUCCCAGGGCCAAGAUUGUAGUCGGUAACACGGAAGUUGGUGUGGAGGUGAAGUUCAGAAACCUGGUGUAUCCAGUGUUGAUAUCACCAUCAGAGAUCAAUGAGCUACACACAAUCCAGUCCAGCGAGACAGAGUUGACGGUGGGUGCUGCUGUCACGCUGACUGAGUUUGGACAUGCCAUGGAAGAGCUGAUCAAGACACUACCAGAGCACAAGUCCAGAGUGCUGCUAGCUUUUGUCGACAUGCUGAGGUGGUUUGCGGGUCAUCAGAUUCGCAAUGUCGCAGCGAUUGGAGGUAACAUCAUGACUGCCAGCCCCAUAUCUGAUCUCAACCCGUUGCUAGUGGCUGCCAAGAGUCAACUGACGUUUGUUUCUUUCAAUGGUGGAACAAGAACCAUUCCCUUUACAACCGACUUCUUCACUGGCUAUCGCAAGGUGGCAGUGGGUGAAGCAGAGGUGCUCCAGUCCGUGACGAUCCCUUUCACUGGACCGAAUGAGUACUUCUACGGCUUCAAGCAAGCGAAGAGGCGAGAAGAUGAUAUUGCUAUCGUGAAUGCCGGAAUGCGGGUGCGACUGAGCGAAACAGAGAACAACACCACCAGGACUGUUGAAGACUGUUCACUAGCAUUUGGUGGCAUGGCAGCGGUUAUUGUCACUGCUAAGCAAACUGAGCAGAUGCUUAUUGGAAAGGAAUGGACAAAGGACCUGUUCUCAGAAGCAUCCAAGACGCUUAUUGAUGACCUGCCACUGGAUAGCUCGGCACCAGGUGGCAAGAUUGAGUACAGGCGCUCUCUGACCAUUAGCUUCUUCUUCAAGUUUUUGCUGUCCGUCUUGAACUGCGUUGGGACGGUGGAGCCGGAGGAUCUUAGUGCAUUUCAGCGAACAGAGCCCGGAAGUAGCAAGAGCGUACAGGUUUUUCAGGAAGUGCCAUCCGACCAGUCUGCUGAUGAUACUAUUGGACGUCCCCUAGCUCAUGUCAGAGCAGAACAUCAGGCUACUGGAGAGGCAGUCUAUAUCGAUGACAUGCCAAGUUUGGAAGAUCAGCGCUACAUUGGAUUUGUCUGCAGCUCCAAGGCCCAUGCUAUCAUCAAAUCGGUCGAUGCCUCUUCUGCCCUGGCAAUGGAAGGUGUGAGCCACUUCAUCUCUGUGAAGGACGUUCCUGGUUCGAAUGAGAUUGGUGUUCUCGUGCCUGAUGAAACUGUUUUUGCUGAUGGAAAGGUCUAUUGCAUCGGCCAUGUCAUCGGUGUUGUCUUGGCAACAACACAGAAGCUAGCAAGGGAAGCAGCGGCGGCAGUUCGUGUUGAGUACGAGGAGCUGGAACCAAUAAUCACAAUUGAGCAAGCGAUCAAAGCGGAGUCGUUUAUUGGUGAUCCGAUGUCCUUUGGAAAAGGCGACUGCGAGUCAGCAUUCUCUUCCUCGGACUUUGUGAAAGAAGGAGAAAUGAGAAUAGGGGGUCAGGAACAUUUCUAUUUGGAGACCCAAGCCAGUCUUGCAGUGCCUGGAGAAGAAGAUGAAAUGACUCUCUACACGUCUACUCAGAACCCAUCCUUGUCUCAGACGGCAGCAGCAACGGCUCUGGGCGUGCCGUCGAAUCGAGUGGUGUGCAAAGUGAAGCGUAUGGGUGGUGGAUUUGGUGGCAAAGAAACCCGUGCUAGUAUGCUGUCAGCUGCAGCUGUGGUGGCCGCGCGAGUAUCCGGCCAUCCUACCAGGUUUAUGCUGGAUCGAGAUGAGGACAUGGCAAUAACUGGCCAGAAGCAUCCAUUCUUAGCCAAGUUCAAGGUUGGGUUCAACAAGGAUGGCAAGGUCACUGCCUUGGACAUCAAGUUGUACAGCAAUGGAGGCUGGAGUCUGGAUUUGUCAGGAACGGUGAUGACAAAGGCAGCGGGUAGAAUCGACCACUGCUACUACUGGCCCACUCUCGCCGUCACUGGCUGGGUUUGCCGCACUCACCUGCCAUCUAACACUGCUUUCCGUGGAUUCGGUGCAACCCAGGGUAACAUGUACACUGAGUCAAUCAUUACUGAUGUGGCAGGCUGGUGCUCCCUACCAGCAGAAGAGGUGCGUGAGAAGAACAUGUACCGUACUGGUGACCAGACAUUCUACCUGCAGAAACUGGAGAAUGUCACCUUGCUGCGCUGCUGGAAAGAAGUCAUUGACCGUGCUAACCUAGACAAGCUCAAGUCGGACGCUGCACAGUUCAACAAGACCAAUCGUUGGAAGAAGCGUGGCGUGGCAGUGAUCCCUACAAAGUUUGCCAUAGGAUUUGGCCAGGCGGGCUUCAUGCACCAAGCUGGUGCGUUUAUCGUGGUGUACGUGGAUGGUUCUGUGCUACUAACCCAUGGUGGCACAGAGAUGGGUCAAGGACUUCACACCAAGAUGAUACAGAUCUGCAGUAGAGUGCUGGCUAUUCCCACAUCCAAGAUCUUCCUCAGUGAAACAAGCACCGACACUGUGCCAAACACGUCACCCACUGCUGCCUCGCUGUCCACAGACCUGAAUGGUGGAGCUGUCAAGAAUGCAGCCGAGAAGAUCAGAGACCGACUGGAGCCAUUCAAGACCAAGAAUCCCGAUGGCUCUUGGGAGGAUUGGGUGCAGGCUGCUUAUCAGGACAAGGUACCAUUAUCCGCCACUGGAUUCUAUGGCUCGCCACUGGAGAUUCUGGAGAAUGGCAAAAUAGCAUUCCUCUACUUCUGCUACGGAGCAGCGUGUGCUCAAGUGGAGAUUGACACCUUGACUGGAGAUAGUCAGGUGCUGAAGACAGAAAUUGUGAUGGACGUCGGUAACAGCUUGAACCCAGCUAUUGAUAUUGGUCAGAUCGAAGGUGCAUUUGUUCAAGGCAUGGGUUACUUCACCAUGGAAGAGAGUGUUGUGUCACCAAACGGCUUCUUGUUCAGUCGUGGACCUGGCACAUACAAGAUUCCUGGCUUUGCUGACAUACCGAAGGAGUUCAACGUUGCUCUUCUGCGCAGUGCUCCCAACGAGAGGGCCGUGUACUCCUCCAAGGCUAUUGGCGAGCCACCGCUGUUCUUGGCAUCAUCCGUCUUCUAUGCUAUCAAAGAUGCCAUCAGUGCUGCAAGGUCAGACGCUGGUCUGACUGGAGUGUUCCGUUUGGAUAGUCCUGCAACUGUGGAGAGAAUACGCAUGGCAUGCGUGGAUCAUGUUACUAAACAGGUCCCACCGGUGGAUCCGACUGCAACCCCAUGGGCAAUCAUGCCAUGAGAACAUCACUGCCUCUAUACCGUGACUCGGUCAUGUCAUGAGGGCAAUAGAACAUUUGUCAUUUUCUCUACAUCUACACUCGGUUAUGUCAUGAGGGCAAUAGAACAUUUGUCAUUUUCUCUACAUGUACACUCGGUCAUGUCAUGAGGGCAAUAGAACAUUUGUCAUUUUCUCUACAUCUACACUCGGUUAUGUCAUGAGGGCAAUAGAACAUUUGUCAUUUUCUCUACAUGUACACUCGGUUAUGCGUAGCUACAAUUACUACUAGUACUACUCUCCUAGCACUCUAGCAAAUCAUUCCGAAUCAUUUCAAUUUUUCAAAUAAUUUCGAUCUGACACUUCGGCUGAUCAAUGUUGGAGUGCUUCCCAGCUGUUUUAAAUGCUCCAAUUCAAACUGAAUUUUUAUGCACAUGCACAUUUAGAGAGCUUGUGUACCAUGUACAAGUACAUCAUUGUGUUUCAACACCCUUUUGAAUGAUCAUAAUAAUAAUUAGGGAGCGCAUGGAGGAGAAGAGGAGGAGAGAUUGUUUCGUAAUAAUAAUAAUUUUUACAGUAUUUUAUUGAAGUGAAUGUGCCUGAGCUUGUCAGGUGUCCAGUACAUGAUUUUGGGUUUGGUGUUGGAAUUGCAAAGGUGACCACACGAAGCACAGAAGCACAUUUCACACCAUUACUCUUCGUCAUUGGACAUUGGUGAUGUGCGGAGCAGCAACAACUUGACUAGGAUUUGUAUCCAGCUUCACAUUGGUCCCUAUUGUUGCAUGAUGCCAGCUAUGCUGUGUGUGUAUUGGUGGUUUCACUAUGUAGCUGGUCGGUGCCACCUGCGCUCUCAUGAUGAGCGCCAAUUUUGGCACUGCUUUGACCACCUAGAAUUUCUAGGCGCAACGUUAGCUGGUAGAAAGCUGAAUACCAGGACUUGUUUGUUGCUGCUCAUACCACCGUUGGCAUUGUACCGAUUAUGAAGUGCAAUUGUGCGAAAGUCCUGAUUGGAUUUACCAGUG